GCCCCGCCAGGAGCAGCGCUCGGUGCCGCCCCGCGGCGGCGCGCCGCAGCAGACGGAGCGAGAGGCGAUGGUCCGCGAGGUGUUCCGCCUGUGCGAUCUCGACGGCGACGGCUUCCUGGCGCAGGCCGAGAUGUGCGCCUUCGCCCGGGAGACCGGCUUCGACGGGAGCGACCAGGACUGGCAGGAGGAAUACGGCGCGCUGUGCGAAGAGCACGGCCAGGAUCCCGCCGUCGGCGUGCCCGUGGAGCUGCUGGCCAGGCUCGUGGACGAUGACUCCGACAACGGGUGCCACUGCACGGACAGCGAGCUGAAAGAGAUGCUCGAGAGGCUGUCGCGCAGCAACGACGCGUCGGCGGACGUCGGGGCAAGAGGCGUUCUUGAGGCCAAGAGCGCCUGGGGGCUGGACACAGUUGGCACCUCUGGCCCCCCUGUCGGUCAUGCCAGCGGCGACGGAGGGGGAAAGAUUUAA